UGUGGGCGGGAUCAAAUGUUUAUAGGUGGGCGGAGACAACUAUUUGACUCCUGCUCCUCUUCAAUGGAAACGGGAAACCACGAGUAGCCCCUGAGUUAAGGAUUAAAAAGCCCUAAAAACCCACAAAACCCAUGUAAAGCAUAACAUUGGUAAUCAAAUUACUUGUUUGCUGGAUGUCAUGAUAAUUUUAAAGAAAGGGCAAAUAAUUAAGUUAAAUGAAACAGGCGCCAUUUUUGAUCCAAUCUGUUCUGAUAUUUCUAUUCUUUUUCCUACUUUUGUGUAUGGUAUGUGUAUUUAUAGCACAUAGGUAUUUGUGUCGUUUAGCUAUGCUUUUGGUACCUAUAUAAAAGGUUCAGGCAUUUGAUAGACUAUUCUUUGAACCUGUCAAAACCAUUUUAAUAGUUUAUUUUAUCAAUGCUGCCUUUAUUUUAAUAGUCAUUUCCCAAGUGAGUGUAAAACAGUAUAGACAGACACGGGUAAAUUUGUUGUACACUCAGUUAUAUCAGCUACAUUAAGAGGGCCAGAGACUUAAAUUGUGCUGAUACUUCUUAAAACAUGCCAGGGUUUGAGGCGGGGUGGUGAGACACCCAAGAAUGCAGACUAAGUUCUUCAAAAAGGUAAAUUUAAUAGAGCAAACAACAGCCAACACAGGAAUUUAAAAGAAGUACAAACAAAUAAACCAAAAAGCACACAAAAAACAAGAGAACCUCCAAAAAAACAAUGUAAGGAGGAAACAGAAUGCAAAAACUGAGUUUGACACCGCUGUACUAUGGCAUUUCAAAGCCAGAAAACACCUUCCUUUUGUCCACAAUUUCUUUGCAGAACUCCUCAGUCUGAUUGAAAACUAAACAUGAACAGGAACGGUUCCCUGCAAUCAUUCAUCUCCUCUUCAUCCAGGCCAUCACAGAAGCAUUCAAUUCAAUUCAAUUCAAAAAUACUUUAUUAAUCCCAGAGGGAAAUUGAUUGCUGUAGUAGCUCAGAAUAAUAAUAAUAAUAAUCAAGUCAUCAAAGAGUUAUUGUAUAUUACAAUGGCUGCUGGCAGGAAGGAUCUACAGUGGUGGUCAGUGUUGAAGCGCAACACAUGUGGCGGUCAGCUUGAACAGAGGGGCAGACCUUCUGUCCAGAGGAAAUCCUCUGUACGGAGAAUGGAAACUCCACCCCCAGGUGGUGCACCAAAUAUGGCAGAGAUUCGGUCAGGCUACCAUAGAUCUCUUCGCUUCAUGGGAAAGCGCCCACUGUCCACUCUUCUUCUCCCUGACAGAUGCGGACACGCCUCUGGGAGUCGACGCAUUGGCUCACCAGUGGCCGAGAGUGCUGCUGUACGUGUUUCCUCCUCUCAGUCUGAUUUCCUCCAUUCUAAUAAGAGUAAGAGAACAGGGCCUGUCUUUGAUCUUGGUGGCUCCAUUGUGGCCAUCCAAGCCGUGGGUGACAGAAAUAAUCCAGAUGCUUUGGGAAGAACCGUGGCCCCUGCCUGUCCGCAGGGAUCUCCUGUCCCAAGCCAGGGGAGAGAUCUAUCACCCUCACCCAGACCGCUUGUCUCUGUGGGUCUGGCCCGUGAGAGGUGGAAUCUGAGCGUGGCAGGCCUGCCCCCAAGUGUCAUUGACACCAUUCAAAACGCUCCCUCAAUUCGCUCUCUUUACAGCUGUAAAUGGAGGGUUUUUGAGGGGUGGUGUGAAGAAAAACUUGUUAUCCCAUUUCAGUGUUCGGUGGGGGACGUACUCUGUUUUUUGCAGAGUCUGAUGGACAAGGGUAAAGCUUUCUCCACUAUUAAGGUGUAUCUGGCUGCAAUUUCUGCAUGCCAUGUGGGGUUUGGUGACAAGCCAGUGGGGCAACACCCAUUAGUGAGUCGCUUCAUGAAGGGUGCUCGCCGUAAGCUACCAGUCUUUAGGCCACUGGUACCACUGUGGGACCUCUCUCUUGUUCUGGAGGCCCUCUGUCAUCAUCCUUUUGAACCGGUAGAUGGGGCUGGAUUGAAAUUUCUCUCUUUAAAGACUGCACUGCUCUUAGCUUUAACUACUGCAAAGAGAGUGAGUGACCUUCAGGCAUGGUCAGUCAGUCCCUCUUGUUUACGGUGGGCCCCUGGCUACACUAAGGUGUGUCUGCGGCCCAAUCCAGCUUUUGUGCCUAAAGUAAUGGAGUCGUCUUAUAGCUGCUCCCCUGUGGAGCUGCUGGCUUUUCACCCACCUCCUUUUUCCUCAGCAGAAGAGCAGAAGCUUAAUUGUCUCUGCCCUGUUCGAGCUUUAAUGGCUUAUAUGGACAGGACUCCUGGUCUCAGAAAAUCAGACCAGUUGUUUGUUUCUUGGGCCACGGCCCAUAAAGGCAAACCUGUGUCUCGCCAGAGACUGGCACACUGGAUUGUAGAAGCGAUCAGCCUUUCAUAUAAGUGCAAGGGUGCUGAACCCCCUCUGGGGGUGAGGGCUCAUUCUACAAGGAGCAUGGCCACAUCUUGGGCCCUGUUUCGUGGGGAGUCAGUCCAGGAUAUCUGUGCAGCAGCUAGCUGGACCACGCCGCUAACGUUUGUGCGGUUUUACAGGCUGGAUGUGUCUCAACCUUUGCUGGCGCAUUCAGUGCUGGAAGCAGGAUGCACAGCAUCUGCUUAG